CUACAACACUGACCACCCUCUUUGCUACGCUGAGGCUAUAUUAUUAUCUUAUCCUCCGCGCUCUUACCUUUUCCCAUUUUGAUAUCUCUCCCGCCUCUACUCAUCCAUCCACCUUCAUACAACUACCUCUCUAUCCACACCAUCAUCCUCUACGACAAACCUCUACAACAACACCACAACCACCUGCUAUAUCACCUUCACUCAACUACAUCUCACCUAACUUUUCAUAUCAUGGCUCCACGGCCAGAACUUUAUCCUCUCAAGACUCCCAGCGAAAUGGCUUUUCCAUCAGAGCUCCAAGAAUAUCUCCGAGCAACAAGCAAUCCAGAGCCCACAAGACGCACCGAUCCCAAAGGCCCCUCUGUACCACCACCCACAGCAUACACAGAGUUCCUCAAAGCCCUCAGCCCAGCAUAUGGCAGUCCACCUCUAUCUGCUACAGCCGCCUACUCAAGCGCAUCCUUCAGCAAGCAAGCACCUUCACCCAUCUCCAUCCCCUCAACAGCCUCGACUUCGUCAUUCCCCGGUGAUAUGAGCUACACGAGGCCGUAUGGAAGGCAUCUUCCUCACUCUCCUCAAAGCGUGCCACGCUCAGCAGGCGAGGCUGGGCCUAUUCGUCGGAUUCGCAUGUCCCCGACAUAUCACUACUCUCCUGGUUUCGUCGAGUCGCCGAAGAGCGCACACCCAUCUGCUCGCUCGCCGUAUCCACCGAUAGAGCGAAAAGUACGAUAUGUGGAAUCGCCUACCACUACGGGCGAGAGAUCAAUCACCAUCCAGCAUGUCAUCACACAUACCGUGACAUACAAGCGUGUACCCUCUCUUGCUGCUCCCCCAAAGGGCAAGCGGAGAAAGGUCGAUCAGCCCAAGAGCGAGAAGCUGCGGUGAACUCUGCCAUCUCGUUUCUAUUUCUGUUUCUGGUCUUGAUGUUGUCAACUAGCGCAUGUAUCUCCUAUGUCUCUCUCAUGUCUCUUUUGUCUAUGUGGUGGGAAGUAUAGGUGCAUUAUCUAGAGAGGCCGAUUCCCACAACCCUGGCGGUCUGGAAAUCAGUCUGGCGAAAGCAAGAAAACGGAGUUGGCGUGUGUUUCUCAUUCCUUUCAUGCGAUUUCCAGCGUUCUGCGUUCUGUCCAAGCGAAAGAGGUCUCCCGGUUCACCUGUUGGUCUGUCUGUCUGUUCCUCGUCAUGUUGGUGGGUCCGGCGGCGUUGGAUCCAAGUCUAUCUUCCUCCUACCUAGGUAUUAGCAUCUCACUCAACCAGUAAUGAACGGAACUACACAAUCUCAAAUCCAGUCUCUUCCAAUCACCCUAGAUCUUUGAUGUUGGCUCUAACCAACAUCUCCCAUGCCCGCGUUACCUAUCGACUUCUGGUUCCUCCCAACAUUCAACCCCCCUCGCAACGAGCGCGCAAUGGACAAAGACCCAGAAUCCUGAAUACAAACCGCGGACAAAGGGGCCAAUCAGCGUUGACGCACGGAUGCCACUCUCGCCUUCAGUUGGUCGGGUUCUUAGGG